AGAAAAACAAGCUGUAAAAUGGGAACUGCAAAAGAGCUGGGGGAUCUUACCCAUGAACUGACCUGCCCCAUCUGCCUAGAGAUAUUCACCGACCCGGUGUCUCUGGACUGUGAGCAUCAUUACUGCAGGUCCUGCAUCUCCCAGAGCUGGGAGAAGGUGACAGGAGAUGUUUCCUGCCCUGAGUGUCGGCAGGUCUUCAGUCAGAAGAACAUCAGGCCAGCUCGGACCCUGAGCAGCAUUGUGGAGAAGUUCAGAAAGCUGAAGGCGAAGGUGACAGAGCGACAGAAUGGGCCUUACUGUCAAGAACAUGAGAAGAAGCUGAAACUGUUCUGUGAAGAAGAGGAGGAAAUAAUCUGUGUGGACUGCUGGAGUUCAGCGCAUGAAACACAUGAUGUGACUACUUUAAAAGAGGCGUCCCGCAAAUACAAGGAAGCAUUCCAAGCAUGUUUGGAUUUGUUGGAUUGGGAAAUUAAGGACAUGAUUGAAAACAAAGAGAAGCAAGAGGCAAAAAUGGAAGAACUAAAGGCACAAGCAGACCAGCUGAUGGACACAAUUCAAAAAGAGUUUGAAAAGAUGCACAACUUCCUGAAUGAGCAAGAAGAGACCAUGAGAACAAAACUGAGACAAGAAGAGGACAAUAUGUUGAAGAGAUUGGAGGAAUACAUUGGAGCACUUAAUGAUGGAGUCUUGAUCAAUGAGCAGCUCAUCUCAGAGUUACAAGCACGUUUAAAAAUAACUGAGGCAGCAGAGUUUCUCAAGGAUGUUAAGGGCACUCUCACCAGAUGCGAAAACCGAGCCAAGCUACCAGAGGAAAAUGAUGUUGAAAUGACCAUGGAAAUCUUCGGUGAGCCCUUCCAGUUUUUCAGAGUGUGGAAGGGCAUGAGGAGAAUAAUUGAGCCAGUCCCAGAGUCUCUCACCCUGGACCCAAAUACAGCAAAUGAUCAACUCAUCAUUUCUGAGGACCUGAGGAGUGUGGAGCACAGCAACGCAGAGCGAGGUGAAGAGGAAGAUCUUCCUGAUACACCGGAACGAUUUGAUGAAUACCUGUAUGUUUUGAGCUCACAGGGUUUCACAUCAGGGAUUCACUACUGGGAGGUAGAUCUUAGAAACAAGGUCCAGUGGGUUGUAGGUGUCUGUGGAGAGUCUUCCAGGAGGAAGGGAGCCUUCCUACCUUUAACUACGGAAGGAUACUGGGUUAUGAGUUUGUUUAAUGAGAAUGAUUAUAGAGCGUCAACUGUAGAAAGUACCACUAUUUCUGUUGAAGUGAAGCCUUGGAAGCUGGGUGUUUACUUGGACUAUGAGGGAGGAGAGUUGGUAUUUUACAAUGCUGAUAACAUGUCUCACCUAUACACUUUCAGUGACACAUUCAUCGAGAAACUCUUCCCCAUCUUCAGUCCCUGUAAUAACCUAACUGGUAAAAAUGGGGAAUCACUCACACUGCUCACUGGUUAACAAAGCUCUGUUUGACUCCCGUCUGUGUAUAGAGGAACGAAGUUGGGGUCGCUAGAGGUAGAACAAAGGCAGAGUUGCAUUGGUUACCUCAUUCUACUCUUUCAAAAUAAAACUUUAAUCAGGCGGGGCCCCAUAACAAAGUCAGAAUCAAAUAGUCAAUGGAAGCAUUCAGAACUGGAAUGGAAACUUAUCAAAAUGUUGCUUUUUGAGGUGAUGAUGCACCCCAGCCACUGCGGUGCCCACUGAUCUUGAAAGAUCUCUCUUGUACCAGGGAACACUGUGUGCUGACUCUUGAUGGACACCCUAGCACAGACAUAACCACGCAAGAAGAGCAGAUAGUUGGGCACUACCAACGUCUCUGCCUGGACCUGUUGACGUCCACCUCGGCCAGGCCAUUGACAUCAGUAGCACUGAACAUCUGGAGCUGAAUUUUCAGUUGAGGUUAGGGCCAGAUUGAAGGUGGGUUGGAAUCACAGAUUAGAUUAUCUUAUCUACAGCGUGAAAACAGGCCCUUCGGACCAACAAGUCCACCCAGCCCCUCUGAAGAGUAACCCACCCAAACCCAUUCCCCUACCUUAUAUUUACCCCUAACUAACACACCUAACACUGUGGGCAAUUUAGCCUGGCCAGUUCACCUGACCCACACAUCUUUGGAUUGUGGGAGGAAGGAAACCCAUGCAGACACGGGGAGAAUAUGCAAACUCCACACAGACAGGUGGGAAUUGAACUGAGGUCCAUGGUGCUGUGAGGCAGCAGUGCUCACCACUGAGCCACCAUGCCGCCCAAAUGUGGCACAAUGUGGUGGCACCACAAUCCUGAUCAGGAGGCAUUUCCAAAGAGGUCGGGUCAAAGGUCAGGGUUAGAAGGGCAGUUGCCAAGUUGCAGGUAGUCAGCCAUCUGCAAGCUGAUGUACUUCAGGGGCCAAUUAAGACUCUGUCCCCGACACCAAGAGAUAACUCAAUUUGGCAUUAUGAGGAGCUCACUGGAACAGUGCAGA